AUGCCCAACAAACAAAUUCCGAUUGCAUUCGUCGACGUGCUAGGCAAAGCCGUGAAAUCCAUCACAGGCUCUCAGAGUUACGAGAUCGAGGCACGAGCCGCUGCCGUAAUAGUUCGUCUUCUUUUGGCAGUCGGCAUACCACCUUGUGACAUUACGAUUAUUUGCCUCUAUCGCGAUCAGCUCUACCUAUGCCAAUCUAUUCUCGCCAAUACAUAUGUCACCAUCAAGACUUGA